GGAAUUUUGACAUAUCACGAACAGUUGACCUUCUUUCUUAUGCUUUAGUCGGUAGCCAUAAAGUUCUGAUUCGGUUUCGAUUCCUUGUACUUCGGUUUCGCGAUUAUUGUAUUGGAAUCUGUUUCGAGAAAAUCUACGUGGGGAUAUAUUCCGUCCAAAUGGACCUCAGCCAUCGAAAAGAGAUCGACAUGCAUUAAAAAAUAUAACAAGCAAGAUAUUUGCUAGAGUAAUAGAGGAUAAAAAAUGCAAAAUUGGAAUCAAUGGCAAUUACCAACUGGUGCCAUUACUACUUCAAUGCCACAACCUCCGGUUGGUUAUAAUGCACCAGGAGCAGAUCCGAUGGCUAUGAUGCAAGCUUAUAUGCAAUACUAUAAUCAACCAGCACCUAGUGGAUAUACGGCUGAACAAUGGGCUGCUGCUCAACAACAAAAUUGGACACAAUGGCAACAGUGGCAACAACAAUAUCAGCAAUGGCAGGCGCAAUACGGAGAAAAGUACCAAGAGACUAUGAAGCAGAUGUCAUCGCAAAAUAUGAAUUUAUCUGGCCAUGCACCACCAUUACCAACUAUGCCACCACUUCCUAAAGAGGAUUUUAAACCCCCUUUACCUCCGAAUUCUGUUAAUACAUAUCAAUUCACAAAUAUCCCCCCACCACAUCAAAACAAUCUUCCACUAUUUCCUGCUAAGCAACCUGUAAGUAGUGCAGCUUCACAAUUAAAUGUAAAUUCUUCUCAAAAUCCACCCCUGCCUCCGACUCAACCACCAUUGCCUCUGGAGAGUGCUCAGAAUAAUGACAGUAAUUCUGCUACAAAACGCAGUAGUAAUGCUGUUAGUGAAUCCUGUAGUGCCAAAAAGUUAAAACUUGAAGAUGAAGAAUUAACUGAGGCUGAAAAAACAUUUGACGCUCAGUUUAAGCAGUGGGAAGAACAGUUUAACAAGUGGAAGCAGCAAAACGCAAAUCAUCCUGACAAGACGCAUUAUAAAAUAUACGAAGCAAAAUGGACAUCUUGGCGAGAGAAACUUAUCGAACGUAGAGAACAGAUGCGUAAGAAGCGCGAACAACAAAAACAAGUAGCUGUGAAAGCAGAUCCUGAGAAAAAUAAGAAUCUACCUGGAGGAGACAAAAUAAUGAAUAUCUUAUCAAGUACAGAAAACCAAGGAUUAAUAAACAAUCUGUUAGGUAUUGGAAAAACCCUUGGCUUAACAGGGAAACAAAAUACAGGAACGCUUCCGCCACCACCUCCACCACCUCAGACCACAAGCAAUAUCUCAUCUACGACAGUUACACCUGCAAUAACUUCGCAGCAAUCAACAUCUCAGCCAUUGAAUUCGGACACGGUGUCGUCUUGGAAUGCCCAACAAGCUGCACAGUGGGCAGCUCAAUUUAAUUCUGGAGUACAAAGUUAUAGCAGUUUUCACGCUAACUCCGGAUCGACUCAACCAUCUUUUGGGACAUCUCUAAAUUCAACGCAUCCUCCAAAUUUCGCACUACCACCACCUAACGUGUCAAACGCUGGACCAAAUUUUUUACAACCACCACCGGGUUUCAAUAGCGACGGAAGACAAUUACCGGAUGCAAGCGUAAGACAAAAUUUACAGGACAGAUCAUCAUACGCUUCAAGUGGAAAUAAUUUGAAUAUGUUCGGUGCUAACGAAAGACCAAACUCGGACGUUAAUCGUUUUGGAUCAAACGAUCCUAUAAGUUUAUCCGAUUAUUCGGGUAAUUUCGAUGCAAACGAUAAUUCCACCAAUGAUCGGAUGAAUAAUAGAAAAGGACAAUUAGGCACUGGUCAAGAAUAUUUUAGGCGAGAAGUAUUAGAUAAAAAUUUGUCUGAACACGAUCAAUUUAGAUCGGAUGGCUCAUUUAAUUACGGUAAUGCGAGAUUCGGUAGAGGAGAAGAAAAUUAUAAAUCGAUAGAUGGGACGGAAAUUGAUGGGAAACAUUAUAAAGCAGAAGAUAGAAAUUAUAUGGAACGUGGUAAUAAUCAAUUUAAUAAACAAAAUAAUUCUAAUUCUGUUAGUAGUUUAAACAAUGAUCGUUUUAAUAUUGAUCGUACUGGUCCUGGACCAGGUGAUCGUUUUGUAGGAAGUGGGGAUCGGUUUGGAGCUGGUAGUGAUCGUUUUGGAAAUUCGAAUGAUCGCUAUAACGAUCGAUUUGGAUCAGGAGACGAUCGAUUUAUCGAUCGAUUUGGAUCAAGAGACCGAUUUGGAUCAAAUAAUGCACGAUUUGGACCCGGUAAUGAUCGAUUUGGUUCUAGUAGUGAUCGAUUUGGAUCACUUGAUCGUUUUGGUACAAGUAACGAUCGUUUCACUUCAAGAAAUGAAAGAUUUGCUCAAGGAAAUGGAUUGGAAUGCGAUAGAUUCGGACCAGGCUUUGAUCGUUUUGGUGUAUCUAGUGAUAACGUUGGCUCUGGGAACAAUAGAUUCGGAAGGAAUGCUAUGGAUCAUUAUGAAGGGAACGAAGACAGCCCAAGAGAUGGUAAUAACUCUCGAAAUUUUGACAGAAGUAAUCAAUUUGGACCUACUGAUGAAUUGGCACCGGAGUUAAAAAAGCUUAUGGAGAAAAGAAGAGCUGCUAUGGACGUAUUCAAGCCUAGUUUUCACGAUUCUGAUAAAAGUGUUAAUGUUGGAUCUUUACGUGAGAGUUUUAAGAAAAUCGCCGGUGAUUCACCUUUUAUAUCAAAAAGUUCCACCGACUUUGGACAGAGGGAUUAUGUAGGAUCAAGAGGAAUAGCGGUUUCUAGUCCUCGAUUUCCAGGAAAUUUUGGAUCCCAAAAUAAUCCUAGAUCGUUUGGACCUCGUGCUCCCAAUGAGUUUAAGCCGCACGGUGGUUUCGACUUUCGAUUACGCGCUCAUACUAACUUCAGUCCACGUGAUAAUUUCUUCGAUUCUCAUGAUCCUGGUGGUCCAUUUCUCAGAGAAUCCAAUACCAAUUUCUCUAAGUUUGACAAGAAUCAUUCUAUGUUUGGUUCUGUGGACGUCGAUCAGCGAAUUGAGCAACAAUUUGACAGAGGAGAUCCUAAAUUACAACAAACUAAAGAUACACAAAAUGGUGGAUCGUCGGACAGUAUUGUACCUGCGAAUACAGAUAAUAUGCUUACAGAGAAAAGAUCGGAUAUUCCUGUUCAUAAAGAUGAAGCGGAUAAUAAUGCAGUAAAACCAGAAGAGAUGUCGCAGACAGAAAAAAUGGGGGAAGAGUCAUCAAAUAAUAUCGCGGAUACGCAAUCGAAUACUCAAGAAGACAAAACUGUACGUUCGAACGUACCACCGUUAGAAAAACCACCUUGGAUGGACGCGUCAUUCCCCGAUGUUAAUUUAUCUGAAAAGGAUGUUAAUAACGCGGAAUGUAACAAUAAGCCACCUUCAAAUUUUGCUCCUUCUACGGAUGAAAAUAAUGAAAAAACUGAUGAAAGAAUGCAAGCAGAAUCGGAUAAAAAAUUAGAAUCAAAUGCAUCGAAUAAUGAGCAAGUCAAAAAAACUGAAGUUUUACCUUUUAUGGGAGAAAAUGAUCCAAAACCAGAAGACUUAAACAUGGAACCUCCACCAGAAUUACCUAAUUUAGGACCGAUAGCGGAUGAUUUGAAUAACGAUAAUACGUUUGCUAAUAAUCAAAAAAUUAAGGAGCCUUUUGGCGCAGAACGUAAUUUUGUUGGAGAAUUCGAACGUAGUACGAAAUAUUUCGAUUCCAAAAACGCUUUUAGUCCUAGAGGUCCUAGUGAUGGAAGAUUUUUGCAGCAGUCUCAUACACCUAAUAAUGGACAAUUUUCUUCAUUGGGACCAAACGAUACACGAUGCAGGUCUCGAACGUCGAGUGACGGACAAUUCGGUUUUCGAGGGUCUAAUAAUAGAAAUUACGGGCCAUGGAGAUCGAACGAAAUGCCGUGUGAUAACAGAGGAUUUACUGACAGCCAAUUUGGUCCUAGAGGAUCUAUUGAUAGAUUGUCUGGCAUUACGAAUAUUAAUGAAAGAAAUUUCAAUAAUAGAAGAUCUAUGGAUGGGUCAUUCGAUACUCCGUGCUCCAAUGAUGGAUCUUUCACUUCUGGUUAUAACGAUGGACAAUUUUCACAUCACAAUCAGCAAGAUAGAAUGCUUGGUCCUCGAGGUUUUGCAGAAAGGCAUUUUGACAUGCGUAAUACGGGACCAAAUAAUAAACCGUAUGGAUCUCGUGGAUCAUUUGAAGAUCAUUUCGAAUCUCAAGGUUUAAAUAACGAAGCAGGUGCACGUAAUUACAAUGACAGAUUAUGUAGCAAUAGAUCACCAUUCGCCAAUAGAGCUUUUGGAUCGGAUGGAGCACUUGACAGUGCUAAUAACGAUAUUUAUCAAGACAAAUUUAAUGAAAAUUAUUUAGAUAGGAAACUUGAUACAGGUGUUACCGAUACCGGAGGUAGUGUAGGAUCAAAAUUAAACUGCGAAUUGGGUAAAGUCAAUAAAUCCGAUGGUAAAACAUUUUUCCAAAGCAAUUUUAAUGACACCGCUUCUAGAUCCCAAUAUGGAUCUGAUUGCGCCGUUAAUCUUCCUUCUCAUGAAUUCAAAAGUAAUAUUCAUAGUCAAGUGUCUCCGUUUGAUAAAAAAAUUGCUGAAAAAUCUUGUAUAGAAUCAAAUGUUGGAGAUUCUAGAAUAGGCUAUGGAGAUAUUUCUGGAGGAUUAGAUUAUAAGUAUACUAAUACUGCUUUCAUGAAAAGAUCUAUUGAUAAUCAUCAAUCUUAUAUGAGAGGUGUUCCCAAUAAAGAAUUUUGUAUAGAAAGACAGUUUAAUUAUAACCAUGGUGGUGCUACGAAAGAUAAAAAAUAUGUCGAGCAUGUACCUGUAAAAGUAAUCGAUUAUGCUCACGCGCCUCGCACCGUGAUGCAAGAACAUUUAACUCCUGUUCAAUGUUUCGAUUACGGACACGGUAAACUAAAACCUGUUGUACCGGAUCAUGAAUUGUUCCCGCAAAGAGACUUUAGAAAUUGGGAGGAAAGCGAGCAGAACUUGAAGGAAUAUACAGAAAAAAUGAAAAAAUAUGAGAAUUCAAUGGUAAAGCAUGAACACAGGCGAAAAACAAACUUAAGUGAAACGAGAGAAAGCGAUUGGACAGUAAAUAUUAGGAAAUAUGAUAGAGAAAAAAGAAAUGCAGAGGACAAGAAAGAAAGGGAAUGUUCUCAAGAAGAAAGGGUUUAUACUAAUACUUCUGAAAAAGAAAGAGACGAAUGUAUCCAAAGUGAUAAAAUGAAUGAUAAAGAUAGAGGCCAUGAGAGAUGCGAACGAGUUCAAACAGAUAUAAACAAAGAGAAUGACAGAGACAAUGACAGAUCAAAAGGACGUACUAACUGGCAAGAAAAUUCGAACAAGAACACCAUAGAGACAAAAUCAUCAAAUACCAGCUUUACAGACAAACAGCAAAAUGUAUCGGAAUUACCACCGAAAACCUUGGAAUUGGCGAAAACGGCAAAUUGCACAAUGGUGGAUGAUCUACUGUGUCCUCCAGGUCGUCAAAAUAGACCAUCUAAAAUAGCAAUUAUUCUGAGAGGCCCACCUGGUAGUGGGAAGUCAUUUGUAGCAAAACUAAUUAAGGACAAGGAAGUCGAACAAGGAGGCUCUGCUCCAAGAAUAUUGAGCCUUGACGAUUAUUUCCUCGUUGAAAAAGAAAUAGAAACAAAAGAUGAUAAUGGAAAGAAGGUGAUAGUGAAGGAAAUGGUUUAUGAAUACGAAGAAGCAAUGGAACCAAGUUACAUAGCAUCUCUUGUGAAAGCGUUUAAAAAAAAUAUUACAGAUGGCUUUUUCAAUUUUAUUAUAUUAGAUUGCAUCAAUGAAAAAAUAUCAGACUACGAAGAUAUGUGGAGUUUUGCGAAAAGUAAAGGAUUUAAGGUAUAUGUGUGUGAAAUGGAAAUGGAUGUACAAAUCUGUUUAAAGAGAAAUAUUCAUAAUCGAUCAGAGGACGAGAUUAAUAGAAUUGUGGACUAUUUUGAACCUACACCCAGUUAUCAUCAAAAGCUAGAUGUAAAUUCGAUGUUGCAAGAACAGGCAAUCGAAGAAGUACAAAUGGAAGAUAGUCAAGAGACGGAUAAGGUAUUACAAUCGAACGAAGAAAGUCAAGAUAGUCAGGAUGACGCUCCAGAAGUUAUUGGUAUUAGUAAAUGGGAACGAAUGGAAGCAGAAGAUAAAUUAGAUCGCUUAGAUGGUUUGGCAAAAAAGAAGAAUGAAGGGAAACCACAAACAAUGGAAGAUUUUCUACAAGUUCCUGAUUAUUAUAACAUGGAAGAUACCUCGGGAAAGAAGAGGGUGAGAUGGGCAGAUUUGGAGGAACGUAAGCAACAAGAAAAGAUGCGAGCCGUAGGUUUUGUCGUUGGCCAUACGAAUUGGGAUCGUAUGAUGGAUCCUACAAAAGGUGGAAGUGCUCUAACACGUACCAAGUAUAUAUGACGCUAAAUCAAUUUUAGAGUAUUAAAGAUAACGAUGAAGUUUAAAAGAAAAAAAAUUCCUUUGUUUAAAAAUGAAGUGGUGUAUUACUCAUAGGUUUCUUUUUCCUGCGUUUUGUUUAUACUUUUUAUGGAUUAAUAUUAUUAAUAUUUAAAGAAAAGAACGUUUUAGUGUUAAAUAUUAAUAAACUUGUUCAAAUAUUCAAAUACUCUAAAUCUUGCUUAUCAUUGUUUCAACAAUCACUGUCCAAAAAACUGUGAAUCUAUAUGAUUGUUAAACAAGAUACAGUAAUAUUAUUGAUAAGCAAGGUAUUAAUACAACCAAAUUAUUAUCAUCGUGUAUAUCUACAACAGUGCAUUUUAAUGAAAUAAUUAAAGAUAGUAGAUUUGUUUACAGAAAUAUAUAAUCAUGAAUAUAAAUGUUACUUCAUAUUCUGUAAUCGCAAUUUGAUUAUUCUAUUCGUAAGAUUAGAAUAGAAAAAAAAACUAUAAAGGAAUUGAUAUUUUUAUAUUACUUUUCCUUGUGUUCCAAGAUCUUUAGCAAUUACAUAAUUCCUAAUAUUUUACCCUAAUCCUAAUACAUGUUUAUCCAUCGAUCACUCUAUAUCAUCUGUUUUAUAUCAUUGUAUAAUUAAUCAUUUCUGAUUGUAAUUUAUAAACUGUAGAUUAUAAUACCGUUAUACUCUGGAUAUUUAACUG